UCGUUUUAAAAUUUCUAUCUUUUAAAUUGUAUCCCGUCAGUUUUAAUUAUAGUAAUGACUCAAGAAACAUCAGUAGGUGUGCAGAACUGUGGCCGACUCUGGAGAUCUAAAAAUGAACAAAACAAGGUCCCGGCUCCCCAGGUCUUCUUAACUGGGUGUGUGGAUUUGAAGGGUUGUAGCACUGAGCACUGAGCCCCCUGAGGUGAGAGAGGCUUGUGUGGCACUGAUGUGGUUUGAAGGUCACCUACAAUGUGAUAUGUUUAUCCUCAGGACCCCUUCCAGGAGGCCACAUUACAGCAGAUCAUCCUGUCUCCUUGGGCUUCUCUUGGCUGUGCCAGUUUCUCAGGCUUUCCUUGUUUUUCAAGACCUUGACAGUUUGGAGGAGGAGUGGUCAGAUAGCUGAUCAGCUUCCUUGGAUUUUGCUGAUGACCCAGGAGAGCUUUGCCUGAAGAUGGAAACACUGGAGUCGGAGCUGACCUGCCCUAUUUGUCUGGAGCUCUUUGAGGACCCUCUUCUGCUCCCCUGCGCACACAGCCUCUGCUUCAACUGCGCCCACCGCAUCCUGGUGUCACACUGCGCCACCAACGAGUCCGUGGAGUCCAUCACUGCCUUCCAGUGCCCCACCUGCCGACAUGUCAUCACGCUCAGCCAGCGAGGUCUAGACGGGCUCAAGCGCAACGUCACCCUGCAGAACAUCAUCGACAGGUUCCAGAAAGCUUCGGUGAGCGGGCCCAAUUCCCCCAGCGAGACCCGCCGGGAGCGGCCGUUCGACGCCAACAGCAUGACUUCGGCCGAGAAAGUCCUCUGCCAGUUCUGUGACCAGGAUCCUGCCCAAGACGCCGUGAAGACCUGUGUCACUUGCGAAGUGUCCUACUGUGACGAGUGCCUGAAAGCCACUCACCCGAACAAGAAACCCUUUACGGGCCACCGUCUGAUUGAGCCCAUCCCGGACUCGCACAUUCGGGGGCUGAUGUGCCUGGAGCACGAGGAUGAGAAGGUGAAUAUGUACUGCGUGACCGAUGACCAGUUAAUCUGUGCCUUGUGUAAACUGGUCGGGCGGCACCGAGACCAUCAGGUGGCAGCUUUGAGUGAGCGCUAUGACAAAUUGAAGCAAAACUUAGAGAGUAACCUCACCAACCUUAUUAAGAGGAACACGGAACUGGAGACGCUCUUGGCUAAACUCAUCCAAACAUGUCAACAUGUGGAGGUCAAUGCAUCACGUCAAGAAGCCAAAUUGAUGGAGGAGUGUGAUCUUCUUAUUGAGAUCAUUCAGCAAAGACGACAGAUUAUUGGAACCAAGAUCAAAGAAGGGAAGGUGAUGAGGCUUCGCAAACUGGCUCAGCAGAUUGCAAACUGCAAGCAGUGCAUCGAGCGGUCGGCAUCACUCAUCUCCCAAGCAGAACACUCUCUGAAGGAGAAUGAUCACGCGCGUUUCCUACAGACCGCGAAGAAUAUCACUGAGAGAGUCUCCAUGGCAACGGCAUCAUCCCAGGUGCUAAUUCCUGAAAUCAACCUCAACGACACCUUUGACACCUUUGCCUUAGAUUUUUCCCGAGAGAAGAAAUUGCUAGAAUGUCUGGAUUACCUUACAGCUCCCAACCCUCCCACAAUUAGAGAAGAGCUCUGCACGGCUUCCUAUGACACCAUCACCGUUCACUGGACCUCCGAUGACGAAUUCAGUGUGGUUUCCUACGAGCUCCAGUACACCAUAUUCACCGGACAAGCCAAUGUCGUGAGUCUGUGUAACUCGGCCGAUAGCUGGAUGAUCGUGCCCAACAUCAAGCAGAACCACUACACCGUCCACGGUCUGCAGAGCGGCACCAAGUACAUCUUCAUCGUCAAGGCCAUCAACCAGGCGGGCAGCCGCAGCAGCGAGCCUGGGAAGUUGAAGACAAACAGCCAACCAUUUAAACUGGACCCCAAAUCUGCACAUCGCAAGCUAAAGGUGUCCCACGAUAACUUGACAGUAGAACGUGAUGAGUCAUCCUCCAAAAAGAGCCACACGCCUGAACGCUUCACCAGCCAAGGCAGCUAUGGCGUAGCUGGAAACGUGUUCAUUGACAGUGGCCGGCAUUACUGGGAAGUGGUCAUAAGCGGAAGCACAUGGUAUGCCAUUGGCCUCGCUUACAAAUCAGCCCCGAAGCAUGAGUGGAUUGGCAAGAACUCUGCUUCAUGGGCGCUGUGCCGCUGCCACAAUACCUGGGUGGUGAGACACAACAGCAAGGAGAUCCCCAUCGAGCCAGCCCCCCACCUCCGGCGCGUCGGCAUCCUGCUGGAUUACGAUAACGGCUCCAUCGCGUUCUACGAUGCCUUGAACUCCAUCCACCUCUACACUUUCGACAUCACAUUCUCGCAGCCUGUGUGCCCCACCUUCACUGUGUGGAACAAAUGUCUGACCAUCAUAACCGGCCUUCCCAUCCCAGACCAUCUAGACUGCACCGAGCAGCUGCCGUGAGCACGUGGCAGCGCGGAGCUGUCUUCCGGGGAAUGAAAAGGGUGGUGGCCACCAUUUCGGGGACACAGAAAACAGAGGCUUCCAGAAUGUGAUUAAAUCUCACCAAAAAGUAUCCAGAAAUCAGCUAAGAUAGGACUCCAAACGGGCGACUCCUCCCUUUCACUGUGUUUUGUAUCAAGUACAGGCUUUAAUAAUUUCUUCACCUUUUUUUUUGUAUUUACAGGAAAAUUUAUAGAUUAUUUAUAAAAGGAACAUAACCAGGAUUACAACUCUUAGGGAUUCUCUGGUUUUGCACAUUAGGAGGCCCGUAAGUGUACCAGCUCUUGACCACCUUUAUUUCAGCACAGUGUCUGGGCUCAAGAAAAACGUUUUGUGUGCUUAUCUACCCGUCUCACAUCCUAUGUCCUACGGAUCCCAUGGGAGGUCCUGUCACCCCAACACUGCAUAACAGUAUGCAACUAUUUUCAAAAUAAAAAGUAGUUUUGAAUCUAGUAGGGAAGUAAACAGGCUUUCUUACUCUGGUUUAUCUUGAAGUGUUCUAAGUGCGAUGUCAGAAAAAUUUAUUGGGUCGUGUAGGAUGGAGAGAGGAAGAGGGAGAAUGGAAAGACGACUCGGGAGCUUGGAAUCUGCCAUAGUGAAAGCUGUAAUUACCCUCCGAUGGCUGGUGGGAUCAUGCUGGAAAGAAAGGUUCUGAAACCUUUGGCCACGUGUUGCCCUGUUUUCCCCAGGAUUGAGGAUGCUGGGAGAACAUGAGGAAUGAGAUUGCAGUUGAAAAAAGUCGCCUUGAGUCCUACUGAUUAUUCAAAAAUUCAGGCUGAUUUGCGUUUCCUCGGAAGUGGGAUUCUGUGACGUGACAGAAAUCUAUUUCCUUUUAAUAGUUUCUUUAGGCCUGUGAAAUUUCUUCAGUAUGUUUAAUAGCUGUCCUGUGCCCCCCCUCCCCCGAAUAAGUUUUGUCUCUGGGGCUGAGGAAAUAAACAUUUUCUGUCACAAAUGGCAACACCACUUUGGAUCGAUUUUGCUCUCCAGGACAUCAACACGUGGUCCCAGCUGCCACUACCACAUCCAACUGUAAGUCACCCGAAAAACACUUAAUAUACAUGAGUUGGUAAUGACAAGGGACAUUGCAUAAAGUACUGUUCUCCAGUAUACGUGCCUCAAAAGUUAUUAUAAACAGACUUUUAUGAAACACAUCUUGAAAGAUGUAGAAGUCCCUCUAUAUUCUAGUGUAGCUUACCAUAGAGUUGUAAGAAAAAGCAAAAAAAAAAAUCAAA